AUGGGGAACGUAAAUGUAGAAACAGAUGGAGAUAAAAAGCAAAAGAAAAGUCUUCCAUGGAAUAAACUUAUCCAUUGUGGUAGCUUAUCUCAAUAAUUCCGACCUAUUUUGACUUGAAUCAAAUGUAACUAACGCUAAUUUGUGUGCUUAUUCAUCCAGGUUCCAUUUUACAUGCCAUUUUUUCUGGAAGGUUUGACACAAAACCUGACAAGGAUGGAACCUACUUCAUUGAUCGAGAUGGAACCCACUUCCGGUAUAUCCUGAACUAUCUGCGCACGAAGGAGCUCAUCGUCCCCGAUGAUAAGACUGUUCAUUAUGAAUUGCAAACUAAGGCCACGUUUUUUGAAGUGGAAGGAAUAAUAAAGGCGCUGACACCAAUACUCUUCCAGGAUUUAGUGACCCUGUCGUCCGAUCAAGGCCAGACUUUGAUGAACUGUUGUAAAGACGCUACAUUAGGUUGGAAAGUGAGAGAGAGGCAGAGAGCAAGAAUUACCCGACGAAAAACGAUUCAAGUACCGCGCGAAAGAGACGAGCUGGAAAGGCCUCGAGGAAAUGUAGAGAGAUGGUACAUAACAAAUCGAAAAAUCUAACCUAACCCUAACCCUAACCCGAAAUACCGCUUAGAGCAAGCCAAACAUGGCAGGAAAGGUCAUGAUUAGUAGGGUAAGGGCCUGAGUAAAAAGCGAAGUUUCUUUGAAGAACAGAAAAUUCAAGAGGAAGAAAAGGCCCAAACGAAAUGCAAAGGUCUGAUGAAUACGAGAGACAAGGAAUUUGAGAAAACAGUCUAA